AGACGCCGCCGAAAAACAAAUGAAGUUGUGUGGCCUGUCAAACAAACAGUAUCAACGAAAAUCAAUGUUAUCCAAGCCGAGUGCAACAAUCUCAUUCAUCCUUGACAGAGAACAAACACUAAACCUUGGGACAUUGAAGUCGUCUUUGGGCGUAUAAUUUGAAUCUAAUCAUGGGACUCCUGGCGAUUUUAAGAAAACUGAAGUCUUCACCAGACAAGGAGCUCCGGAUUCUUCUAUUGGGAUUGGAUAAUGCUGGCAAAACAACUCUCCUUAAAAGUCUGGCAUCAGAAGAUAUUGCUCACAUUACUCCUACGCAAGGAUUCAACAUAAAAUCAGUGCAGUCAGAAGGAUUUCGUUUAAAUGUAUGGGAUAUUGGUGGACAACGGAAGAUUCGUCCCUAUUGGCGCAACUAUUUUGAAAAUACAGAUGUUUUGAUAUAUGUGAUUGACUCUGCUGAUCGUAAAAGACUGGAAGAAACAGGUCAAGAGUUGGAAGAAUUGCUUUCUGAAGCAGCAUUGGCAGGUGUACCACUCUUAAUUUAUGCCAAUAAACAGGAUCUUUUGCAUGCAGCACCAGCUUCCGAGAUAGCCACUGGGCUAGGUCUCCAUACUAUCAAAGAUCGGGCAUGGCAAAUACAAGCGUGUUCUGCUACAGCUGGAGAAGGAAUAAAGGAUGGAAUGGAGUGGAUCAGCAAAACAGUUAAAAAGAAGUAGUUUCUGCAGCAAAUUGAUGAAUAACAAUUUUACCUAGUCUGCUGCAGUGAUGCACUGCAGAAUAUACAAACUGGCUGCUGCAUCUGGAGAUUUUGCCUUCAAGACUGAAAAACAGGCACUUUUUCCAAGUUCUUAUUUUAAAUUAUUAAUUUUACGUCUCUUAUCUGAUUAUCAUAGGAGCUAUAAUCUAUCAGUUCUUACCACCUUGACAAAGGCACUAGGGUUUCUUUUUUAAUAUACCAUAUUGUGAUGCAUUUCCGUCCAAAUUUUAAGUCUCUGAGUGAAUUAGCAUAAAGUUUAGUGGGAAAGAUUGCUCUUUGUUAAUUAAUUCUAAUGAGGAUGCACUGGUGUGCUAAAAAAACAUGUGUGAUGUAACAUGCACAGAUUCUGUGAUCUAUUGAUCUCUCUUUUUAUCAUUAGUGACACAAUUCUAGUCAGUGAGAUUUGAUUUUCAAGAUAUUUUAUUGUGAUGCAAUAAUUAAAUUUAGUUUUGAUGAGGGUUUAUAUAUUUUAACUUGACCAUAGAUUUGGGUGUGAUAUGGUACUUGCCAUAUUGGAUUGAUUGACAUGCAGGGCUAUUACGUUCCCCUGCGUCGCGUUCCAUUUCCCCAGCUAGACGGUUCUGUUCCUCCCAUCCCGCUGUUGCCGCAGUUCCAAUGCCUUCAUUAUUUCACUAAUUUGAGCAAUUCAACAUUUCAUAUUAACUCAGAAUAAACACCCAAUGUACUAGAGAUUAACUGGAGGCCGGGAACAGCAUGACAGAGAAGCAUCGGCAGGGAAUCUAAAAUAUUGUCAGGCAUGAGAAGUCUGGCAACAGUGAGAACGGGAAGAACGAACCGUCUAGCAUACCCCCAAAGGAAGGAGAACGUGAUAGCCCUGAAGAAAAGCGGGGGGGUUAUUAAAUCUAAAAUUGAAGUUAUUAUUUAUCUUAAGCGUUUUAAAAACAAUUUUAUACUCUGACUCAAAGUGUUGUAAUUUGUCCGUCCUCAAGCACUAAAUAAAGCACUGCAACUUGUAAUUCA